UUCUGUCUUGCGCAUGCGCGUGAAUAAGAGCGUCUCAGAGUAAUGGCUUUAGAAUCGGCGACCUCUAACGGCACAACUGAUGAAAACCACCCAGAAGAAAAAGACGAGUGGAAAGAAGGAUGGUUAUUUAAGAAAACGCACUACACCAUGCGAUGGAAAUUGGUGUGGUGUCAUAUCAGAGAUGGGCAGCUUAUCUAUGGUUUUAAUGAAAAGUCAGCAGAAAAGGCCAUUAAUCUGGUUGGAGCAAAGGUGGAGAUGCUGGAGGGUGAUGAUGGGACAUUUGGCUGGACAAUCACGCCAAAGGACAGCAAACGGACCUUCAUGCUGCGGGCCAGCAGUGCAGAAGAGCAGUGGGCGUGUAUGACUGCCAUAUGUGAGGCACAGCUGAGUUCAGAACAGCACUGCUCCAAUGCAUGUGUUGUGCAAUAGACCGAUGUGAAGGACACACACUUUAUUUUUAAACAAGUGAAACAUGUUUUAUAUGAUAAGAUAUUUUUAUGAGAUUUUUUUUCUUCUGUAGAUUGUUUCUUCAUUUUGUUUUUGAAAAUGAUCGUAAGCCAAAUUGAAUAUGCUUUAUAUUUUACCCCAUGUGUUUUAAUAAAGCACAUUGCUAGUUUUCAGCGAUUACCAUAAAUAAAUACAGCUGAAUACAGCUAAAAAACAUUUUUAAUACUUGAAAUAAAAUAAACAUGAACUGAAAUAAAAUAUAAAAGAAAUGUAAACAUAUUUUAUUUCAACAUUUCUCAUUUUAGUUUAAAGUUAAAGUAGCAAGCUACUAAAAUAACUAAAACUAAAAGUAUAAAAACAUGCUUUUAUUGCAUGCAGUUGCAUAAUAAUGUAGGCAGAAUGAGAACUUACAUCAGAUCUGUACUGUAGCAGAAAUUUGAAUAGGUCUUCCGUAAUAAAUGUAUUGUAAAAUAAUUUUUGACAUUGUUGCUAUGAAACAAAAAUGAGGCGAUUGAUCAGAGGCAGGUUUUCCAUUUGUACUUUUAAAUACUGGCCAGUAGAGGGCGGUGCGUAUUAGAAAAUGUAUGACAUUCACAAGUGCUGUUGAGACAUCUGAUAAUAUAUAUAUAU